UUUUCGAACGUGUAAAAGAAUUACACGUCAAUAUAUUAGAAGAAAAAUGUUAUAUCUACACAACACAAUCAGCCAGACCAGCUUAUGAUGCUAGGGGAAAAGAGAAAAGGUAAAAUAAAAAGCUAAAGCUUAUAAAACUACGGCGGCUAAAACAAGACUCCAAACAACGGGAAGGGGCCGAGCCACGCUACACUCCUAACAAAUCCCCAAAAGCGGCAAUCGCUAAUUUUGCUAUGCAUUGAAGUAGACUCCUCAAUCUCCUCUUUUUUUAGCGGUUUAUACGAAAACAAGGUGACAUAACUCCAGUCCAUUCAGAAUCAGAGAUGCAGUCCCAGUUGCCAACGAACCAUCUUAAGACGGAAAGCAGCAAAAGCUCUCGUGGUGAAAAAAAAUCCCCAACACUCGCGGCGGAUCUCGCUGUCAGCUCCAGCUCGGCUGCUCCUGCUCUUGCUCGCCCAGGUCAACAUCCCCAUCCAAACCCCAAAUUCACAACGACACGCAUGCUCCAGCGACUCCGUUCCGCUUCUGCUCCCCACAUUUAAGCAAAGCGAGAAGGAGAGGAGAGGAGAGGAGCUACCGGCGACGGCGAUGGGAAGGGAGGCGGAGGCGCGGCGGCGGUGGACGCUGGUUCUGGUGAACCUGGCGUCGGUGCUGGAGAAGGCCGACGAGGUGCUGCUCCCGGCGGUGUACCGGGAGGUCGGGGCGGAGCUGGGGGUGUCGCCGACGGCGCUGGGCUCGCUCACCCUGUGCCGCGCGAUCGUCCAGGCGGCGUCGUACCCGCUCGCCGCCUACGCCUCCGCGCGCCACGACCGCGCCCGCGUCAUCGCCGUCGGCGCCUUCCUCUGGGCCGCCGCCACGCUCCUCGUCGCCGUCUCCGGCUCCUUCCUCCAGAUGGCGAUCUCGCGGGGGCUCAACGGCGUCGGGCUGGCGCUGGUGCUCCCGGCGAUCAGCUCGCUGGUCGCCGACUACACGGACGACCACACCCGCGGCGCCGCGUUCGGGUGGCUGCAGAUGACCUGCAACCUCGGCUCCAUCAUGGGGGGAUCCUUCGGCGUGCUGCUCGCGCCGGUCACCUUCCUCGGCGUCGCCGGCUGGCGCCUGGCGUUCCACGCCGUCGCCCUCGUCAGCGCCGUGCUGGGCAUCCUCAUGUGGUGCUUCGCCGCCGACCCGCGCGCCAAGUCCAAGACCGCCGCCUCCGCCGCCGAGGAGGCCCGGGAGCUGCUCCGCGACGCCCGCGGCGUCAUCGGCGUGCCCACGUUCCAGAUCAUCGUCGCGCAGGGGAUCGCCGGGUCGAUACCCUGGUCGGCGCUCAACUUCUCCGCCAUGUGGCUCGAGCUCGUCGGCUUCACGCACUGGGAGACCAGCGUCAUCACGGGGCUCUACCUCCUCGCCACCGCGCUCGGCGCGCUCUUCGGCGGCCUCGUCGGGGACCCCGUCUCCAGGCGGUUCCCGAACACCGGAAGGAUCGCGCUGGCGCAGAUCAGCUCGGCGUCGGCGCUCCCGCUCGCCGCCGUCCUGCUCCUCGCGCUGCCGAACGACCCGUCCACCGGCGUCGCGCACGCCGCCGUGUUCUUCAUCAUGGGGUUCGCCAUCUCCUGGAACGCGUCAUCCACAAACAACCCAAUCUUCGCGGAGAUUGUACCGGAGAAGGCGAGAACAACGGUCUACGCUCUCGACAAAUGCUUUGAAGCGGUGUUCGCUUCAUUCGCGCCACCGAUCGUCGGUGUUCUAGCAGAGCAAGUGUUCGGCUACAAGCCGGUCUCCUCUGACGCAAGCGUCGAAACGGACAGAGAAAAUGCGGCUGCAUUGGCCAAGGCAGUGUACACGGAGAUCGCCGUGCCCAUGGCCAUCUGUUGCCUGACAUACACCUUCCUGUACUGCACGUAUCCUCGGGACAGAGAUCGUGCUCGAAGGAACAUUCUGAUGGCAUCGGAUGACCAGCUCUGCCAAGAAGCAGGUGAGAGUGACUCAAGUGAGAUUUGUACCCAGGAGGAUGAAGAAUUUGCUGUUGGUUCCAUAAACCAGAGGUUAAUACAUGCAAGAGAGUAGCAUCAGAAGAGGGGCAGCCUGUUUUACAAAGGUCUCGCAAUCUUCCAGAGUCUGCACUCUGUUGCUUUCCAUUUUCAGAUUCUCAACUAUUGGAGAGCUCUGCCUGAGCAGAAUCGCGCUCAUCAACUAGUAUUGGAAGAUAUAUAUAGUACCCGAGAGAUGUAAUUUAUACAACAUCCUGUGAAUAAGUGCUGCAAUUGAUUGUUUUCAGGAGCUACCAAAAAAAGGAGGAAAACAGUGUAAUGGCUUAUUGGCACUCAGCUUCUCGUUCUUUUUAGUCUUGUA